AUGCUGCCUGUUGUUGCCCAGCUCGCAGAACACGCGGGCGAGAGUGGCAGGCGCCGUCCUGGAGCCAUCCACUUUGACAAUGCCACCUCGAAAGUCGACCAAACCGAAUCAGAGUCCUCUACUGCUGCAGGGAGAUCUUCAAGAAAGAGGGAUCAGUUACAAACAACGGCCAGUAUCGCACUGGAUAUAGUCGCAAAUGUAACAGGGGUGUCGGAUAUCCUCGCUCCUCUCACGGCAGCCUGCAAAACAACAAAGUCGAUCAUUGAUACUAUCGACGAUAAUCAAGGAGACUGGAACGACCUAGUACGCCGCCUGGAGGAAUAUAUGUGGGCUAUUGAGAGCCAAAUCGACUCUCUCGAAAAGUAUCCUCCAGAAGAUAGAGUCGUCGACGAAGCCUUUAGCCAGCCACUCAUUCGUUAUGUCGAACUUCUCGAGGAUAUUCAUUGCGCGAUCGUCAAUAAUGCGCAUAAGAGACCUCGCACCAGGCGCAGUGCUGUUAUGGCCAUCGGGAAUGUGAAGAUUGACGCUGGACUCAUUCGCAAGUUCAAUCGAGAUAUCGAGGACCGGCAUAGGCAGUUCAUGGAGGCGUUGGCUCUUUUCACAGGUCAUCGUAUCCAGGUCAUCGAACAGCACACUAAAUCGACAGCGGCCAAGGUUGAAACAAUCGUCUCGGACAUCGAUGCAUCUUUCAUAUGCCAACUCCAGCACCUGUUUACAAGGGACUCGUCUGGAUGUUCUCGAGAAAUCAAGACAUGGGCCGAAGACGAUACAUCUGACAAACCAAUAUUCUGGCUCUGCGACGUAGCCGGUUCGGGCAAAUCCACCGUCGCAAUGUCGGCAGCGGAGACGUGGCCGAGACGUCGAAUACCGAAAAGUUCUGCUCGACGAAAGCGGGUAGUUCUCAUCGUCGACGCCGUGGAUGAAUGCAAAUCCGGACCGCAACGAAGCGAACUUCUCGACACGUUCGUCAAAGCCGCUCGAGAAAGCAGGAAUCUCAAGAUCUUCAUUACCAGUCGGCCAGACCCUCUCGAAGAUCGGCUCCACGAUAUCACUUACCGUGACAACAUGGAUGACAUCGCCACCUAUGUCCAUGAAUCACUCUACACCGUUCUGCCCGAGGACAAGCGGCAACAGCUCAUUGAGAAGGCGCACGGAUUAUUCAUCUGGGCGAGCACCGCAUGUCGAAUGAUCAAUAGCAAGACAGCAUGGGACACCCCCGAGACUAUAUACGACUGGUUGACUUCGGUGGACCAAAGUGGAGAUAUAGACGAUGUAUACAAGCUCAUUUUUGAGCGCGUAGACCCCAGAUUCCACACGGUCAUGUGCGGCAUGCUGGCACUACUGCUUGCCGCAUUCGAACCACUGACCGCCAACGACCUCGACAACAUUCUUAAGCAUAUCGGACUACGCGGAUACUCCGAUGCGUUGAUUCGGAACCUUGGAAGUGUCCUUAUACAGGACAAAGCAACAAAAGUUAUUCAAUUUCGUCAUCCGACUCUUGUUGAGUACCUGCAACGCUGCUAUGACACUCCAGUCCCCGAAGAAUCAAGCAGCAUCUACAUCAACAUUCACGAUGCACAUGGUCAAAUUGCGUCGUGGUGCUUCAGUAACCUUCAAUCACGACAGGGAGGACUCAAGUUCAACGUAUGUGAAAUCGAGUCGUCGUUCUAUCGAAACCGAGAUCUACCGGAUCUAGAGGAGAGUAUCAAGUUUAUUGGAAGAAACCUUGAUAUUCCAGUUACAUUGGCCGUUUCAUAUGGCCCAGGCGGAUAG